CGAGGUGUCCACCGACACACACCUAGAUGCACACAUCAAACGAUUUCUUUUGAUUUCUGCGUUUAGAAGAAGAAGACAACUAAACUCCCAGUGUUCCAAGAUGGCGGACGCAGCGACUAAAGCCGAGCAGCACGUGUGGGUGAAGAGCAUGGACAUGCCUGAUGACGCCAUCAAGAUCAAAGGAUUUGACUUCAACAAAGGCGUUAAACUUGACGAAGUGGUCAAGCAUUUCUUGACCACAGGGUUUCAAGCCAGCAACUUUGGAAUGGCCAUUGAGCAGAUCAACAAGAUGAGGGAGCACAGGUCCAAGCCCGUCAACCUCAGCCCGGAGGAAGAGAAGCUGGACCCCAUCUACCGGCCCCGGUCAGACUGCACCAUCUUCCUGGGCUACACCUCCAACAUGGUGUCAUCUGGCAUCCGUGAGACCAUCAGGUUCUUGGCUCAGCAUAGGAUGAUUGACUGCAUCGUGACGACAGCAGGUGGGAUUGAGGAAGACUUCAUCAAGUGUUUCGCACCGACGUAUCUGGGAGACUUCUCCUUGAAGGGAAAGGACCUCCGGCCAAAAGUAUGUGAACAAAAACAACAUGGGACUCUGUGGACACCAUCUAAAUUGAUCGCCCGUCUUGGAAAAGAAAUCGACAACGAAGAGUCCAUAUACUACUGGUGCUACAAGAACGAGAUUCCAGUGUUUAGUCCGGCCAUUACGGAUGGUUCCAUCGGGGACCUGUUGUUUCUGCAUGCCUACAGGAACCCGGGCUUGGUUCUGGACAUCGUGGAAGAUAUCAAGAUGAUGAACAGUAUAGCAGCUCACAGUAAGCACAGCGGGAUGAUCAUCCUGGGUGGCGGCUUGCCUAAGCAUCACAUCCACAACGCCAACUUUAUGAAGGGUGGUGCAGACUACGGAGUGUUCAUCAACACGGCCCAGGAGUUUGACGGUUCUGACGGGGGAGCCCGUCCUGACGAGGCCGUGUCCUGGGGAAAAAUCAAGAGCAGCGCCACCCCUGUCAAGAUUUUUGCCGAUGCUACUCUUGUGUUCCCCCUGCUCGUGUCGCAGACCUUUGCAAAGGACUUCAAGUCGGACUCUAACGGACAGGAACGCUAAGAAGGAGGAAUAACGCGACAGCCUGCUUCCUUUGAUCACCAUCAGCAUACCUGCCACACACAAGACCUGUAGCUGGCUUGAUACACCAUGUUCUGUGACUCAAUUUGUGUCAAGCUAGGAAUUCCUGUAGUCUGAUAUUUUACCAACAUUUCUUGCAUCCUUUUUUUGUUUCCAUUCGGCAUUUGUUUUG